GAGUAGGAGUAUGUCUUUUAAGUUUCGAGCGUAUAAAUAUGCGUGCUUCAGUACCAACGAUGUGUCAAACAGAGCACGGCAGUGUACCUGUGCUGGAUUUUAGGACUGAAGUAGAGGCCCAACGCAUCGUAAACCGGUGUCUGUGGUUCCAUUAGCUCCUGCGUCCGCUAGUAGAUAAGAACAUCCGACAUACCAGAAGAAACAGCGAGCAGCCUUUUCAUACGGAAAACGCCCAAUUCCAAGUUUGGCGUACUAUCGUUUAGUUCAUGUGCCAGUGAAACAGUAAUUGAAAAUGAAGAAUUUUUUUAUAUUUAGCCUCAUUGCACUGGUGUUGCUUGUGACAGUGGUUAGCGGAGAUGGAAAGAAGAAGGAAAGUUCCUUCGAGGAAAGCGGAGGCAGUGAACAUGGUGGCGACCAUCAUUCGAAGAAAGGUGAUAAAGGCGAUAAAGGCUACGAGAAAAAGCAUGGACUAGAAAAAUCCGAAAAGGGCAGUAAGGGUAAGGAGGAUCACGAGUCGCACUACGGCGAGGAAGGCGGCCAUAAGAAGGAAAGUCACGACGAGGGCGAUCAUUACAAGAAGCAUCACGAAGAAAAGAAGGGAUCGAAGCACGGAAAGAAGGGUCACAAGAAGGGCCAUAAAAAGGGCUCGAAGACGACCGGCUAUCACCACAAAUCCCACAAAGAUGACUAUCACAAGGAGCACAAAUUCUACGAUGAUCAUCACAAGGAAGGCCACCACAAGAAGUUUGGCGAUUUCAAUGAGUUCCACAAGAAGAACGGCGGCGAUCACAAAAAGGGUGGCCAUCACGAGUCUGCCCACAAGGAGGAUAAAUAUGCCAAGAAGGGACACGCGGAUAAGGGACACUUCGAUGAUGAGCACAAAGGAUGGAAGCACAAGCAUGGGCACGAAUCGCACUUUUCGCACAAAGAUGAUUUUGGUAAGAAGGGCGGAAAAUCCGGCGGCAGUGAGCAUGGUUACAAAAAGGGUGACAAAGGUCAUUAGUGCUAUGGAUUAGUCCAUUGAACCUUCCAUUGAAAGCUUGUUUGAGAUGGGGGUAUUAGAGCAUGUGCUUUGAAGAUUUAGACAAAAGUUCUCUAUAAAUAUAAGGUUUUCAAACUGUAAACACCUAUGCGUCAUGUGUUUUUAUCUGUUCUAUAAUAGUUGCAGACAGUGCAAAAAAC